AUGGCAGCUGUACCUCCGAUGCUGUCGCCGCUUGGUUGUGAGGGGAGCCAAAAUUGUGGAGCCGCAGCAGAACGUCAGCGUCGUUUACGAGCACAAAGAAAUGAGCGAGAGCGCCAGGCUGCACUAGAAGCAGAUCGACUUCGACAUCGUCGGAGCCGUGAAGAUCUUGAGUACCGGCGCAAUGAACAAACCAGGAACACAGAAGCUAGGCGCGAGGCACGCCAAGAUCCUGAAUACCGUGCUAAUGAGCAGGCACGGGGCACGGCUACAAGAAGAACGAACAGAAACUCAUGGCAAUCCAUUUCCACGACAUAUAACAGACGUAUCCAAAAUGGUUCAACGCAUGUAUGCAACUGUUGUGCAGGUUUAUGGUUCGCUACUUCUGUUCAAACAGUAUCAAGACAGCAGUUUAUCGACGCGGGCAUCAAUGAUGAAGCUGUCAACGCUGUUUUCGCCAUUAAUCCUGAUGCGACGUCUGGUCCCUUUUGUUCGACGUGUCAACGGCACAUUAUGAGCAAAAAGACUAGGCCAACGCUUUGUCUGGAAAAUGGAUCGAUUGUCAAUAUACCAAUAUCGGUACAAUCCACUGUUACUGCGUUGCCACGAACCUACGACAAUACCAAUAUAUCUCAUGUCGAACAUAUCCGCGUCCAGCUUGCCAGAAGACUAAUCUAUCGCCACAAUUAUACCGACGGUAAUGUCCGGCCACAAUCAUUUUGGCAAGCUCUAAACGAUUUGAUACCGUCUCCAUUAUAUCAAGAACUUGGUAUCACAGUCGUGAACGAUUGGCGCGAUAAUCCUGGGGGAACAGCCGCUGAACAGGUCACAGGGGCGCAGGAUGAAUUACAAGACGAAGACAAUUCCCAUGCAGCACUUGACAUAGAACAGCAUGAUGUUCAAGAGGGAGACGAUGACAACUCCCAUGCAACACUUGGCGCAGACCUGCAAAACGAAGAAAGUGAUGAUACAACGGAAUCACUCAUUUUGGGACAAGGACAUGAAGACGAUAUCAAUGAUGAAGAACCGGCCAAUGUUGGUGAGGCGGAAACAGUGCUGAAUGGUGAUGAAGGGCUUCGUUUUGGCUCCUGGCGAAGCCAAAUAUGCAAAUCCUUUGCACGACGCAAUGAUCGUCGAGCAGUAACGAGAUCAGAUUAUCUUCUCUACAUGGACCGAAAGCGUCAACUCAGUCAGCUUGCAAGCAAUGUUCAAGUUUGUUUGAGAAAUCGAUCCGGGACGCACACGACUGGUGGUCGGCACUUCACUGUCGCAGACACUUUGAACGGAGAGCUGAUUGAAUCUAUGGUGAACCGUGAUGCAGCAUAUAUAAAGUGUUCAGUGGCAUCAGAAGCUCACCAGAGCAUUGGCCUCAACAAAAAAUCAAAGUGCUAUGAUAUCAAUGAUCCGGCAAUUCGGUUUGCCAACGUUGUUUGUGACACUUUUAGCAGCUGA